AUGGAAGAAUAUAUACGACAACGAAUUGAUUGUCCACCAUUAGGUGGUACAAGAAUGUUACUUGAAGAAAAAGAUAAUAUUAUAAAAAAACAACAAAAUGAAUUAAAUAAAUUACAAAUUGAAAUAAAAAAAAUUCAAAUCGAACGUAAUUAUAUAUUAUCAUUACUUUCUGAUAAACAAAAAUCAAUUAUUAAUAAUAUACUUGAUUCUACAACAUCUUCAAUAAUAAAUAUAAAUAAUAUUCAAUCAUUAGUAUCAUCAAAUAAUCAUUCAAUAAUAAAUUAUGAACUUUCACAAGAUCUUCAUGAUAAACAAAUUGAAAUUCUUGAACGUAAAUAUGGUGGUAGUUUACGUUGUCGUCAUUCAGCAAUAAUAAUUCAACGUGCAUAUCGUCAAUAUAAAUUACGUGAAAAUUUUCGUCAUUUAUGUGCAACAAUGAAAACAAAUAAACGUUUAUCAUGUACAUUUAUUAAUAAUAAUCAUAUUCAAACAAUAAAACCAUUAAAACCAUGUUUAAGAAUAUCAAAAAAUUCUGAAUUACAUUAUCCUAAUCAUCAUCAUCUUGAUUUACCAUCAAUUAAUUUUGAACAUUUUAUUGAAUUUACAAAACAAGAAAAAUCUAUAUCAACAAAUCGUAAACGUGUUUGUAUAAUAACUGAUAAACCAAUAAUAAAAAAUAUCUAUAAUCAAGUUGAUAAUAUAAGUGAUUUUAUUGAUAAUCAAAAAAAUGAUAAUAAUGAAUUAUUAAAAGUACAAUCAUCAAUAAAUGAUAUAAAUUUUUAUAAAAAUUUAAUUGAUUCACCUAUUGAAUGUCGAAAAUCGAUGCCAUCGGUACAAAAUUUAUCAAUAAAAUCUUCAGAAAUGAAUACAUCACCAAUAUGGAAAAGAAAAACUUUAUCAACAAUUCAAUCACCAUUAAAUGAAACAUCAGAUUUAUUAACUGAAAAUUUAAAUCAUUCAAUAAUUACAUCUAUAAGUCCAUCAUCAACAAUAAGUUCAGAUCGUGAUAAUAUGAGUUUACAAUCAACAAGUAGUAGUUCUAAUUCAAGUUCAUUAUCAAAUCGUAAUUCAUCAAAUUCUAUUGAAUUACAUCAACAACAACAACAACAAUUAUUAAUUAUUGAAGAUCAAACAACUUUACAAAGACAUGAACGUAAAUCAAAUAUUCAUACAAAUGAUAUUUAUAGACGACGAUGUUAUCGAGUAGGAUUAAAUAUAUUUAAUAAGAAACCUGAACGUGGUAUUCGUUAUUUAAUUGCUCAUCAUUUUAUUGAAGCAAAUGCUCAAUCUGUUGCACGUUUUUUACUUUCACGUAAAGGUUUAAGUCGUCAAAUGAUUGGUGAAUAUCUUGGAAAUUUACAAGAUUCAUUCGCUAUGCAAGUCUUACAUGCAUUUGCUAAUGAAUUUGAUUUUCAUGAUAUGCCUAUUGAUAUUGCAUUAAGAAAAUUUCAAGCAUCAUUUCGAUUACCAGGUGAAGCACAAAAAAUUGAACAAUUAAUGAAGGUGUUUGGACAACGUUAUCAUAUAACAAAUCCUUCGUCAUUACUGACAAAUGUUGAUACAAUAUUUAUAUUAGCUUUUGCUAUAAUUAUGUUAAAUACUGAUUUACAUAGUCGAAAUAUAAAACCUGAAAGAAAAAUGCGUUUAGAACAAUUUAUUAAGAAUCUUCGUGCAAUUGAUGACGGUGAAAAUCUUGAUAUAAACUAUUUAACUGGUAUUUAUGAACGUAUACGUGCUGAUGAAUUUCGUCCGGAUGCUGAUCAUGUAACACAAGUAGCUAAAUUUGAACAAAUAUUAAUUGGUAAAAAACCAAUAUUAAUAGCACCACAUCGUCGACUUGUUUGUUAUUGUCGAUUAUAUGAAAUAUAUGAUUUAAUUAAACGUGAAAAACUUACAAAUCAUCAACGUGAAAUAUAUCUUUUUAAUGAUUUACUUGUUAUUACAAAAUUAUCUGGUAAAAAACAUCAACAAUUUCGACAAGCAUUUCGUUUAUCAGGAAUGAAUAUUUAUUUAUUUGAAACAACAUAUUAUCAAUAUGGUAUUCGUCUUGUACGUAAAUCAAAUAUGAAUGAAAUAAAUUUAAUAUUAUUUCAUGCAAGAAAUGAACAUGAUCGUAGAAAAUUUUGUGAAGAUUUAAAAGAAGCUAUAUUUGAAAUUAAUGAAAUUGAAGAUUUACGUAUACAAUCUGAAAUUGAUAAAUUACGUUGUUCAUCAAAUUCACUUGUUGAUAUAACAAAUAAUAAUGGAGUUAUUUCAUCAUUAAUUGAUUAUCCAACAAAUAAACGUGAUAGACCAUUAUCAAGAACAUUAUCAAAUUCAUUACUUGAUAUGACAUUAACUAUGAGUAAUCAUUCAUCGUUACCAUGUCGAAUAUCUCAAUGUUCACUUGAUAGUGGAAUGGUAUCAUUAGCAAAUGAAUUUUCACCAAAUACUAGAAUAAUAAUGCGUUGA